AUGAUCAGCAUCACAUCAUUGGCCAUCGCGCUCCUUGCUGCAAAGAACGUUGCGGCCGUUGGUAGCCCUUUCGGCUUCGCCACCGGUACCACGGGAGGCAACGGCGCUGCUCAGGCGGUCCCUACGUCCGCUGCACAGCUCAAGAGCUGGCUGGAAGACAACGUUACUCGCAACAUUCUGUUGGAUCGCACAUAUGACUUUACUGACACCGAGGGAUCUAUCACUGGCAAAGUAUGCAAGUCGUUCACUUGCUCACCUAACCCUCAACUUUCGAUCGACACAGGCAGCGGAUGUGGAUCCAGUGCUUCUUCCACUGCAACAUGGAAGAAGGCUGGCACUGCUGGUAUCCUCGUUAAGUCGAACAAGUCCAUCAUUGGAAAAGGUACCUCCGGGUGGAUCAAAGGGAAGGGGUUGAAACUGCAGGGCGUCAGCAAUGUUAUCAUCCAAAAUAUCAGGAUCUCGGACCUUAACCCCCAAUAUGUCUGGGGUGGCGAUGCUAUUGACCUUUCCGGUGCAACCAAUGUUUGGAUCGAUCACAACUACUUUAAAAGCGUUGGGCGGCAGUUUAUCGUCUCGCACUUCGAGCCAAACACCAAGGUCACAAUCUCCAACAACUACUUUGACGGACAGUCGACCUGGUCCACCGGCUGUGACCAGCACCACUACUGGGCUUUCCUCCUGCUCGGCAAGAACGAUCAGAUCACAUUUGCACGCAACCACUUAUACUAUACAUCUGGGCGUGGUCCUCAUAUCGGCGGUACCUCUGGAAACAAGCAGCUGAUGCACAUGUACAACAACUACUUCAACGAUAUCACCGGCCAUGCUCUGGAUGCUGAUGUCGGAGGCACAGUGCUGGCUGAAGGCAACUACUUCAACAAGGUCAAGACCCCCUCGACCGGAAAUACAAACGGCGCCGUCUUUGCUCCCACCUCCAGCUCAAUGGCCGAUCAAUGCACUUCUAACCUCGGCAGGAAGUGUGUGCUGAACUCGCUCGCUGGCGGAUCUGGAGCGCUGACCAACACGGCCAAGAACUCGAUCGUAUCCCAGUUUACCGCUUCCACCGUCAAGAGCGCAUCGAUCAUGGAUCCCUCGACUGUUGCUUCUUACGUGUUGGCCAAUGCGGGUACUGGCAAGGUGAACUAG